UAGACGGGCGGAGACAAUGUUUAAAAUUGUCAACCGGCCAAAUUGAAACCAUCAGUCCGGUCCGGUUCGUGUGUCGCCAUGCAAUCGCCGCAAUGGACGGAGCAAUUCGGCAAUCUGCCGCUUCACAUCUACGAGAACAUCUUCCAAUAUCUGAACGCAGUGGAUCGGCUUGUGGCAUCGCGAGUGUGUCGCAAUUGGCACGUGGCCAUCUUUGGUUCACGGGUUCUGAUGCAGGAUCUGGCCGUGAGUGUGUAUCGCUACGACUUGGACGGUAAUGUCGAGCUGUUCAACGGGAAACUGCUAGCCACGAGUACACGAGUCUACCAGAACAUCACCUUCGCGAAGACACCCAACUGGAAGGUGUUCGAUUGGGAUAAACUGGUCAACACGAUCGAACAGCUGGACGAUAGAUGUCACUUCCGGUCGGCCAAGGUGGAAGGAUUCUGGCUGUCGAAUUUAGCAGUUCCUCGGGUAAUCUACUGGCUUGGUUGUUAUCUACCGAGUCUUCAGGAGCUGGAUCUGAACAUCAACUUCGUGGCAUUCGAUUCCGACACGUGGUCGGUGGUGUUUCAGAGUUUCUUCAACCUGACCAACAUCACCCUGCGCUACGGUCACGAUCAGGCUCUGUCGUCGGUGCAGGGCUACUGUCGCAAACUUACCAAACUUCGUCUGAUCAAGUACGCGCUGACGGGUCACCUGUCGGCGGUUCUGAACUUUCCCGAACUGGAAGAGCUCUACAUCGACGAAAUGGAUGUAGUGCCCAGUGAAAACGGAUUGAUUCCGGAGGGUUUCGGUGAAGUCGAUCUACCCAAACUGAAGCAUCUAUCCGUGCAGAUAACUCACUUCUCUAGCUUCCUGGACGUAGUCCGACCACCGUUCAGCUUUCAUCUGGAAAUUCGAGCUCCCAAACUGGAAACACUUGCCGCAUCACACCUUGCCUUACAGUUCGUGUCCAUCGCCGAACCGAACCAGCUCCGGUCGCUUACGAUGGACAUCGAGAGCUGUUCGCCGACCGUGUUCAACACUCCGAUUCACUUCUUCGGACCGCCCUGGUUUUCCAAGUUGCAACAGUUUACCCUGCAGUCGGGCAAUGCGUGGCCCUGCAUGCCCAAACUGUUGGCAUUCAUCGAGCUGUGCUGUCCGAAACUACGGCUUCUGGUACUGGACCAGCGGAUGGAGCAAAGUAAGUUCCAGUGUUUGCAACGUUUCGUCAAAACCGUCAUCGGACGCGACAUCCGGUUGUUGAUGCGCAACAAACGCCCGGAACGGCGCGUCUGGAUUCUCACUACCGACGAUGCCGUGCCGCAACAUGUCCAGUACCGGUACUGCCGGUGGCUGUCGCAGAUGUUCUGGAGCAGUGGCCAUUGA